AUGUCUACUGAUGAGGCAAAUUCCUGGUGCCGCGCUAUGCUUUUGGCCCUAGUGCCGCCCCUGCUGCAUGCAAGGAUGGGCAUUACACGCCGAGGCUGGUUCCUUCCAUACAUGUACGGGACCGUGAAAGCCAAAUGCUUUGGAUCUGGCCCUGAUGCGGGUAAACAUGUCUGCAACAAGCCUGGACAUUCAUGCUUGCGCCGCAUCGUCUCAUAUGCUACAUGGAAAGCACGCCGCAGUUGGCGUGCAGCUGGCCGUGCACUGAGUUUUAUUGCCCAGAGCGUCCUUCUGACUGAUGAGGUGCCGUCUUUAAAGCAGGCCAGGCCCUUUAUGGCUGAGGGCCUGGAACGUUUGCAGCCUUGCCGGGAAGUACAUGUCUGUGAUCGCUGCCAUGGCCCAUGCGAAGGAUUGCAAGGCAUCGUGGCUGAUGCUGGCCAGUUCUUCGAAGCCGUGCAAGUCCCUGAUGCUUGUGAGGCGGCUGACCGCGUUCUGAACUUAGCUGAGCUUGAUGGCCACUCCUCAGCCUCCAGAGCAGAUCGGAAAACGGAGGCUAAACAAGCUGAAGAUCGGUUGAUGGCUGAAAUGCAAAAGAUGCGAGCUGAGCUGGCCCGCAAAACUGCAGAGCCGUCCACACCGAAGAGGCGCUCAACACGGCAUCCGGAAGUGCAGUGGACUCCCAAGAUACAUGCCCACUUACAGUCUUUGUGCGCGUUCAUGUGUAAUGGGGAGAAGAUACACCUCGUGGAUGCCUCGAGAGUCCACGGAUGGGAAGAUAUUCAGGAGCAGUUGCAGGCCCACUCUGCACCGACUCUCAAGAAGUACUUGGCUACAAAGGUUCCUGCGUCAGAGGUGCCCCGCACCAAGCCAGCGAUUAUUGCAGCAAUUGUGGCCCUAGUGUCAGAAGCAGUGCGGGUCUGA